CUUCCCCCCACCCCCACACUUUUCCCCACGCCGCCCCAUCUGCUUGUUUCCUCCCUCCUUUCCCCCUCCCGCUGCUCGCUGCCCCACUCCCCUCUGCACCACGCAGAUCCCGGAGCCAUGAACGGUUUCGGUGACUUCUCUCGCUCCUCUGCAGAGGCCUCCUCGGCUUCGGAGCAGCCCGCGACGAUCGUCCGCCCGAGGGACUCCAUGAAGGACAUCCUCACCUCCGGCCCCCCGGUCGACACCGCCACCUCCGGCAACACUCCCGCCGCUGCGGUCAUGGAUGAGCCGGCCCUCCCAUCGAAGCCCAUCGCCAAGACCGUGUCCUCCUCCUUUUCUCGCUCGGCCGGCGGCUUCCUCGGGGGCUUUUCUUCCGGGUUUUCCGACUCCGGACGCGACUCGGCCAGCUUGCGCCGGUCUUUCUCCGAGCUCGCGGCCGAGCCAAGCCCUGCACUCGAAGAGCCCCCGGCCAAGCGCCCGGCCCCGGUCGUUGCUGAGCCCGCUGCCGAGCCAGCCACCAAGCCCCAUGUCUCUCGGAGCAGCUUCAGCACCAGCUUUACCUCCUUCGGGUCGCGCUCCACCUCCGAGCAGCCGCCCGCCACCGAUGCGGCCAAGCAGCGCCCGCCUCUUUCGCGGCCAGCUGCCCCGCUCUCCACCUCCAGCGGUGGGGGCUCCUCGGCUGGCGUCAGCGGGGCCCUGCUCGCCAACUCGGAUGUUGAGACCGGGCGCUCCUUCCAGGGGUUCACCACUGGCUUUUCUGGCCGGCCGGCCGAGCGCCGGCUCUCCCUGCCGGAUGUGACGCCCAACUCGACGACUCCCCUGGAGGGGCCACUUUCGCGCAGCGGGUCCGAGCUGUCCCACAGCGGGUCCGAGCUUUCGCGUAGCGGGUCCUCGGCCCCCAGCUCGGCUUCUGGCUCGGCCUCUCUUUCCCGGUCGCAGGAUGGCCACUUGUCCGAUGGACCGCUGUCCCUGGCGGAUCUCGAGAAGAAGCCAGAUGUGGGGCUCUCCUCGUCCCAGGGCACCGGUGGCAUUGUCCGCAAUCGGGCAUACGCUGCUCUGGAGUCGGAGCUCACAGCUCUGCGCUUUAACCUGGCCAAGGAGACCACCCUCACGGACCAGCUCCGUGCCCGGUUGACGGCAACGACGUCGGCCCUCCAGCGCUCCGAGCUAGACCUCCAGCGUGCCCGCGAGGAGGCCGCACAGAGCAGCAAGCGCGCUGCCGAUACCCAGGUCAGCCUGGCCGAGAGCAUGGCCACGUUGACCGCCUCGGAGCAGAACUUCCAGAUGAGCCUCCAGCGCGAGACCAACCAGCGGAAGAUUGUGGAGAACUCGCUGGCCGUGGCGGAGACCCAGCUGAAGGAGCUGCGUGCUGCGCUGGAGCUGCACUCCCAGACGUCGGCCACUCUGAAGCAGGAUCUCCAGGAGUCUGGGAAGCUGAUUGAGUCUACCGAGUUCCAGGCUCGUGUUCAGGAGCAAGACUUCAAGUCUCUCCAACUCUCACUUGAGAGUGAGCGUGCUCUGCGCAUGUCCCUCGACCAGCAGCUCGAGCAUCUGAAGAAGGAGUUCGCCGGCUUCCAGCAGGAGGCCACCUCCAAGGAGACGCGCCUGGCCACCGAGCUUGCGCACGCCAGUGCGGCCGUCGAGUCCCUCAGCGCCCAGGUUGCCUCGCUGCAGGGGGAGCUGGCCACCAGCCAGGAGACCAUCACCCGCCUGCAGGCGGAUGUCCACUUCGAGCGGACCACCGCUGAGGCCGCCGCCCGGGAUAGCUCUCUGGCCCUGAGCCAGGCGGAGCAUGACAACCGCCAAGUUCGCCAGCAGGAGUCCACCCAGACGACAGAGCUGGCUGAGGUCCGGCGGAAGCUGGCCGCCACCGAGGCCGAGCUGGCUGCGUCCCGGGCCGAGGCCACCGCCUCUCGCGCUGUGGCUGAUCGCCUGGAGGCCGCCGCCCAGCAGGAGCUCCUCAUCCGCCGCCGGCUGGAGGAGGACAGCGCGAACGCGGCCAACGAGGCUGCCAAGGCCCAGGCCCAUCUGCGUGACUUCGUCGAUCACACCGCCCUCACACUGCAGCAGCAAAUCCGUGCCCUGCAUACGGAGCUCGAUGCUGCUGGGCAGAAGGUCAUCUCGGCCACACACGCCAGCCAGAGCCAGGCUCACGAGGCGGAUGCCGCGCGGAAACGCCGUGCCGAGCUGGAGACGAGCAUUCUCUCCAUGCUGGAGGACCACCGUGUCCAGUUGGACGACCACCUGAAGGCGCAGCAGAAGCUCGAGACCCAGCUGGAUUUGGAGCGCAAGCGCGCGGCCAAGAUGGAGUCCGACUAUGAGCAGAAGAUCCAGAACCUGGCGGACAACGUUUACCAUCCCUGAGAAGAUGGCACGCUUGUCGCCACUCUCCCCCGGAGAGAGGGUGUCAGAGAGAAAGAUGCAUGCCCCUUCUGCCGCCCUGCCUUUUUCUCAUGCUCCCCCCUGUUCCAUACGCGUUCCUGCACGCCGCGCACGUCACUCUCCUGUGCCUUGACAUCAACCAACUCGAUAAAACACAAAACCCUCCC